AACGCUGCUCCAACCCAGUACAAUUUAGAGGACUCUGCUUUCAAAUAGAACUGAAUACACAAAUUAUGAAUGAGUUCAAAUGCAUUUAAUUUGAAGUGUAGCUGCGGGCAUCAGCUUCUGGAUUGUGGCCCUUGCGAGUUGAUACGCACCUGUGACUGAAAUGUUUUUUAUACAAGUCAUCGAAGGUCGCACGAACAGACUCAGUCGCUGUGUUGUGUGGUUAACGUGUAAUAAAAGUAGGAACUCAGCGUGCUUUUCUACACAAACAGAAAUUGAAACGAAUAAAACUGCCUCAACUGGCAUAGCUACAGUUCGAUAUGAUCCACCGGACUGGGCAAAUAAUCUCGCAGGUGUACCAAAACGAAAGAUCCAGCUGGCACAUCCCAACACUCCUAUCCACAGAUGGGCACUACCUGGCCUACCUGAAGGAUUUUCUGUUUUCAUAAAACGAGAUGACAUGACAGGCAGUACCUUGUCUGGAAACAAGGUGAGAAAACUGGAGUUCUUGCUGGCAGAUGCCCUUGACAAGGGUUGCAGCCAUGUGAUUACCUGUGGCUCAGUUCAGUCCAAUCACUGCAGGGCUGUGGCAGUUGCUGCUAGACAAAUUGGCUUGACUCCACAUCUCUUCCUCCGCUCAGCUGCCGAGGAUGUAUGUAGCUUAGGAUGUGAAGGUAAUGUCCUUGUGGAUCGAAUGAGUGCUGCAGAUAUUUAUCUUAUCCCUAAGAUGUCUCCCUACCUCACACAUCAAAAACCCAGAAUGGAAAAGCUGGCUGAAGAAUCAAAAGCUAGAGGAGAAAAUUCAUAUCUGAUCCCUGUUGGUGGGUCUGAUCAUGUUGGGCUUUUUGGCUACAUAAAUGUUGUUGAUGAACUGCAGAAGCAGAAUGUCAUGGAAGAUUUUGAUGAUGUGGUCUUUGCCUGUGGCAGUGGAGGAACAGCAUCAGGGUUGUCAAUAGGCAACUAUCUCUCUGGUUCUAACCUUAAGGUGCAUGGCGUUGCAGUCAGCGAUAAUGCUAAAUACUUCCAUGAACACUGCAAUGAGAUGAUGCAGGAAAUUGGAUUGAAGAAUCUUUCUUCAGAAGAUUUGCUUGACAUAAUAGAGGGUCACAAGGGACUGGGAUAUGGUGUCUCAAGUGAAGAGGAGCUUAAUUUUAUCUCACAAGUGGCAGGAUCUACAGGCAUAUUUCUGGAUCCUACAUAUACUGGUAAAGCUGCUCUUGGAAUGGUUAAGGAGAUAAAGAGAAACCCAUCAAGGUUUAAAGGCAACCGGAUCCUUUUCUUGCAUACAGGAGGAGUGUUUGAACUUUUUGAUGGAAGGAUGUCAGCAGUAUUGCAGAAAAAAGAGGAGAGACAGGUGACCAUUAGAAUGUGGCCAGAUGUGAAUGGACCUUAUCCUCAUUGAAGCUCAUCAAAUGGAAUAUCUUUGUUUAAUCUGUAUUCAGUGAACUGUUCUGCUGGAGCUCUUUAAAUAGAAGGAAACUUUCCAAGCUUCAAUUCAUAACAUAGUUCAGCUUGGUUAGUGUGAAAUUUGUAGUAUAUGAGUUUAAAAAAAAAAGGGGGAUGUUAAUCAGUAACCAUACAGUAAUCAGUAAUCAGAUGGUCAUAGACGCUCAACAUGAGGGCGACUUGCCGCAGGUCGCUUAAAGCAUUUUAGUUUCUUGUAACUAUUUUCUCAUAUCAAUUGCUUACUCAGCUUAGUGCAUAGUAUUUUGGGGGUUCACUUCUACGAUGGUGUACAUGUAAAGGUCACGGAAUGUAAUUGUACUGCUUUUGUAUAUUUUCCUGGACUUCGGGUGCAACUGGCUAACAAUUAGAUGGCGCGCCUCCAUUAUAUGGUACAGUCGUGGGUACCUUCUCGCACUUUUUCCGUCUUCGGGUAACACUCCACCUUGACAUUUCCAACUUUCCAACUGAUAUCUUACCUCGAGAUGGCUGUCCAUUCGAAGAAGAAGAAGCGAAGGCGUAAAUCUCCACCUCCACUUUCUAUUCUGCUUUUUAACGUUCAGUCCAUCCGGAACAAAGUCGAUGAGCUCGAGGCGCAUCUCAGAUGCCUGCUGGGAGAUCAAAGAAAUGUGUACUUGCUUUCACCGAGACUUGGCUGAGGGAGUCCGAAGUGAGAAUGAUUUAUAUGUCAGCGGGUUUGGCCAUCCCAUUCGUAUGGACACCAAUCCUACUAUCACCAACUAAUCCACGGCGGAGGUGCGUGUUUUUAUAUAAAUGAACGGUACUGCAACACCGUUUUGAUCAGGGAACGACUGUGCACCACUGAUCUUGAACUGCUGUCCAUUCGAUCCGCAUCUUGACCCGCUGCAGUUUGCCUACAGAGCUGGAAAAGGUGUCGGUGAUGCUAAGCUGUUUAUACUAAUUACUCUGUACAAACAUCUGGAGAAACCCAGAGCUCGUGCCAGGUUUCUCUUCGUAAAUUUUUCUUCUGCUUUUAAUUUCUUACACUUUAAUUUUUAAAAAAGUGCUAUGUACAUGUAUAGUUCUCUGACCUCAGUCCAACCAUAUCUGAAAUGGAAAUGGCGACGCCCAAGUAAUUGAAGGACUUCGCCUCCUUCAGUUGUAGUGCGUUUUUUUCGAUCUUUGCCGUGCUACAUCCGACGAUGUUUGUUAUGACCUUGCUCUUCUCCGCAUUCUUACACCCCACCUCGUUCUCACAAACCUUUUAAGGUAUGACUGUAUUAUACAUGCCAGCAAGACGGGACCGGUCAUGACUCCUGCCAUUUUGUCUGCACGUGAAAAAAAAA